AUUCCCUGUGCGGUGGCUGACUUUGAGCGUCUGCUGCGCGAGUCCCAGAAGGAGGUGCUGAGGCUGCAGCGGCAGCUGUCCGUCAGCGCUGUGCGCGACGCCACACCUGAGGCCGCACCUGAGGCCACACCUGAGACCGCACCCACUGAAGCCCCUGAGGCCACACCCACUCAAGCCCCGGAAUCCACCGACAUCACCGACAAGGCCGCGGCUGAGACCCCAACCCCAGCUUUAGAUGAGGCUCCUCCCACGCCGGAGGAGACUCCUGCAGAGGAGGCGGAGCCGGGGACAAGAGUGACACCUCGGCUGAGUCCAAGCCCCACCCACCCCCAGGAGCAGACUGAGGAGCAGCGCAUUGAGUUUCUGGAAAGUGAGUUGAGCAAAAAGAGAAAAGAAUGUGAAAGUCUUGAGCAUGAUGUUAGGAAGCGGCAGAAGAGAUGUCUGGAUUUGGAGAGCCAGCUCGAUGAGGAGCGUGGCAAAAAUGAGAGAUUAGCCGAGGAGGCAGAACUCCUCAGGCGGAAGGCUCAGCUGCUUGACCAGUCCCAGGCUGAGAAUGAGGAGCUGAGGCAGGAGCUCUCUGAAGUGAGCGCUCAACACAAUUCAGUUCUCGAGGAGAACCAGAGACUCCGUGCCAAACUGGAGAACCUAGAGCAGGUCCUAAAGCACAUGCGAGAGGUCGCUGAGCGAAGGCAGCAGCUGGAACUGGAACAUGAGCAGGCACUGGCUAUCCUCAAGUUCAAGCAGGAUGAGAUCAAGCGGCUACAGCGGGCACAGUUAUUUGCCAAACGGGAGCAUGAGGGUGUUGUUCAGGUGCUGGAGUCCAAGGUGCGCGAGCUGGAGGACAAAUGCCGCAGCCAGAGCGAGCAGUUCGGCAUGCUCUCGCAGGAGCUGGAGAAGUUCCGGCUGCAGGCCUCCAAAAUCGACCUGGACAGCUCGGGCCUGCUGUCCCACCCCAGCCUCAGCCACCUGACCAACGGGCUCCCGGGGGAGACAGUGGACGUGGAGGCGGUGCUGCGGGCCGGCUCCACUCCCCACGCGGCUGGGCUGGUAGGGCUGGCCCGGCUGGAGCGCUCCCCCACCACCAAGCACCGCGAGCUGCCCACCAUCAGCGCCAAGUCCGCCUCCACCUCCAGCACCACCAAGUCCGACACCACCCACCUCACGCCCGGCUCCCGGCCUCACAGUCCGCGCAAAGCCAGUCCCACACACGAAGUCGACACUGCCAGUGAGGUAGAGGAGUUGGAUAUAGACGUGUCUCCUGCUCCCUAUUCUGCAAACAGAGGGGCUGCCAAACUCCAGGUCUUCAUUGCCAGAUACAGCUAUAACCCUUACGAUGGCCCGAAUGAUAACCCAGAGGUGGAGCUCCCCCUCACUGCAGGAGAGUACAUCUAUGUGUAUGGAGAUAUGGAUGACGAUGGCUUCUAUGAAGGUGAGCUGAUGGAUGGACGGAGAGGGCUGGUCCCCUCCAACUUCGUGGAGCGCGUGUCGGACGACGACGUCAUGAGUGCCCAGGCCCACGAGGCGGCUGACCUGUCCCACAACUCCUUCCAGGACAGCAGCCUGCACAGCGGCAGCGAGCGCUUCCAGCACUCUCACCCCCACCACGUGCGCUUCGGCCCCAACACCACCACCACCACCACCACCCCCACCCCCGCCGCUACCACCGACACAUCGGCCGCGUCCUCGGCCUCCGUCCCCAACCCCGCCGCGAGCAAGCCGCCGGCCCUCACCGUCCCCAUCACCAACGGCCUGGACCUCGACCUGGAGGAGGUGGACGUAGUGCCUUACCCGCGCAAGCUCACCGUCAUCAAGCAGCUGGCCAAGAGCAUCAUCAUCGGAUGGGAGCCUCCGGUGGUGCCGGCCGGCUGGGGCUCCGUGUGGAGCUACAACGUCUUCGUGGACCAGGAGCUGCGGCUCAACGUGCCGUUCGGCUCCCAGACCAAAGCCGUGCUGGAGCGGCUGGACGUGGCGUCCCGGGCGCACCGCGUGUCCGUCCAGAGCCUGACGGAGCGCGGCGGCUCGGACCAGCUGCGCUGCAGCCUGCUGGUGGGCCGCGACGUCUGCGUGGCGCCGUCCCAGCUCCGGGCCGAGCGCGUCACGGCCACCUCGGCCACGCUGGUGUGGCUGCCCAGCAACAGCAACUUUGUGCACAUCGUGUCCUUGAACGAGGAGGAGUGCGAGCUGGUGAAGGCCGGCUGCUACUCGCUGUGCCUCAGCAACCUCACGCCCAGCCUGCAGCACCGCGUCAAGGUGGAGGCGCGGCCGCACCGCACGCCCUGGGAGCUGCCGCAGGAGGGCCGCGAGCGCCGGACCGCCGUCACCACCUUCAACACGCUCACCGCCGGUCCCCCUGAUGCCCCUCUGGACGUGCAGCUGGAGCAGGGUCCUUCCCCGGGGAUCGCCAACGUCAGCUGGCUGCCUGUCACCAUCGAUGCUGCUGGAACCUCCAAUGGGGUGUCCGUCACAGGCUACACCAUCUACGCAGACAAGAAGAAGGUGUUGGAGGUGUCGUCCCCCACGGCGGGCAGUGCCCUGCUGGGCCCGUCUCAGAUCCAGGCGGUGAAGGCGGCACAGGAGCUCACCGUGCGCACCAUGUCCCCGCACGGCGAGUCCUCCGACUCCGUGCCCGUCAACGUCCAGGCCAAACUCGCUGCCAUCAUGGCGGGCCCCGUGCCCCCAAGUCUCCCUGUGCCAGUCCUGGCAGCAGCCGCCGCCACCGCCGUGCCCGGCCCGCCCGCCGUCUCGUCCUGCCUCACCAACUCGCCUGCCAAAAUGCCAGCGCUGCCCUACAGCUUGCCGCCGCUAGACGCGCACACAUCGGUCCCCGGCGGGGGGGCCUAUGCCAACUCUCCCAAAGCCAUCACCGCGAAUGCCCCCCUGCCCGCCGGCUCCUACAUGGAGGCCUGGGCAAAUCCUCACAUGGCUGUUGCCCCCAUGCCCAUGGCCUUGGCAAUGCAGCAGCAGCAGCAGCAGCAACAGCAGCAACAGCAGCAGCAGCAACAACAACAUCCUCAGCAUCAGCAUCCUCAGUAUCAGCAUCCUCAGCAUCCUCCACCGUCUGCCAUGAACAACCCAGUGGUCUUCGCACCACAGUUGAGCGCGGCCUUACCCGCCAGCAUCUCCGCGGCGCUGGAACCCCACCGGGAGACGGAGAGCCCCGCACCCUCCGCCCCCCGCCCCGGCGUCUCCAUCUCCGACUACCUGGAGGACCCCAGCAGUGCCAAGCUCCAGCAGCACGAGCCCUACCACCACGCGCCCGCGCCCCGCAUGCCCGCGCUGGACUCCCUCAACCCCCCCGAGACGCACCCCAUGCGGCCGCCCAACCCGUCGCCGUUCGAGUCGGAGACCGAGGAGGACCUGGAGAACACGCGGCUGGUGUCCAUCGAGGAGUUCCUGGGCCACGGGAGGCCGGCGGCAAGACACCAGGGUUACGGUGGCGGUCUGGCGGAACCAACCGUUGACUACCAGCUAGAGAGCAGCCGAGGCUCGGACCUGUCUGACAUCCUGGAGGAGGAGGAGGAGGACCUGUACUCCGAGUCCAUCGCAGACGUGCAGGGCAGGGGCUACAGCAGGGCCAUCGGCAGGGACGCCAGCGGCAGAGACCAGUCGAUGGCGGAGGCCCCACUGUCCCGCUCUGAAGCCAGGCAGAUGAAAGAGGUCGGAGAGGCAGGGAGAGUGAUCGGGGAGAACACAGUGCGGGUUUUCGUGGCCCUCUUCCCAUACGACCCUGUCAGCAUGUCACCUAAUCCUGACGCGGUGGAGGAGGAGCUUCCCUUCCGAGAGGGACAGAUCAUCAAGGUGUAUGGUGACAAAGAUGCGGAUGGCUUCUUCCGCGGCGAGAGUAAUGGUCGGAUGGGCUACGUCCCGUGCAACAUGGUGUCCGAGAUCCAGGUGGACGACAUGGAGACACGCGACCAGCUGCUGGCCCAGGGCUUCCUCGCCACCGAGGCAUCCAUGGAUAAGAUAGGCACCACUCGCUCACACGCACAGCUUCCACGCCGCCCUGUUCCGCCGCCGAAACCUAGACGAUCCAAGAAAGUGGAAUCGGCCGGAGUGUGGGACGACAGCUCUGUGGUUGACUCGUCCAGUCAAGAUCGGAGCCAAUCAGGAGCUGCCACGGGCAACCCGGGGCCACGGAGAAUGGUGGCCAUCUUUGACUAUGAUCCGCGAGAGAGCUCUCCCAAUGCAGACAUAGAGGCGGAGUUGACCUUCAGCGCUGGGGACAUCAUCUAUGUGUUUGGUGACAUGGACGCCGACGGCUUCUUCUAUGGAGACCUGAACGGACACAAAGGCCUGGUCCCGUCCAACUUCCUACAGCCCUUCCCCGAGACCGUAGAGGAGUUAGGUGGGGCUGCAGCGAUGGACCACCUUGUAGUGAUGGAUGCUAGGAGAGACCCGGUGAGGGAGGGCGCGCCCCAGGAGCGGGACGACCUGGCGGGGGACACUGAACCAGACAGGACCACGCCGUCCGGACCGGAACCCGACGCCGACCCAGACCCAGAGCCCACUCUAGGACCACUCCCCGAGGCUCCGGCCAGCGGUGGCCCUACCCCGACCACCGCCUCCGACAGCCCCCUGCCCACUGACCCGUCCUCCCUCUCGGGCAAGAAGAAGAAGGGCUUCUUCUCCAAAGGAAAGAGGCUGUUUAAAAAGCUGGGAUCCAGCAAGAAGGAGUGAACGCUGUGACUGUUUGUUUGUUUGUUUUUAUUAUUUGUUUGUUUUUAAUCCUCCCCAUACAGGAAGCACUUUUUUUUAUGUUGGUUAGUCUCAAAUUAAUCUUAUUUAAUUGUAAUAUGUAUUAUACAAUAAGACUAGUUUCACUGUGCUAGGCUCUCCUAGAUGGAGGCUUCCUAAGAAUAUAUACCAUAAUGUAACACAAUACUUGGGAUGACAUCAUCUUAAGAAUCAGCUGCACCCUGCAUGGCUCCAAAGUGUCCCAUUAUAAGACACUAGAUUAAGCAAGAGUAGUACACACUGGCAAGCUAUUUGUUUAGGUGCAGCAAUGGGCUUAAAACACUAAACUAACACUAAAAAUGCAUCCUCUGUAGGUCCGUUUUGAAGAGUCUGAAUAUAACAAAACACAAUGCAGCAUAAAAGUAUAAACGUUGGUUAACCUUUUCUUAAAGUGUACAUGCCGCAGACCCAGUCAGAGCCAUCUGUGGGUGUUAGACGCUAAUGACAUUAUGCAGCUUAUGCUCUAAGGAAGACAAAACUCAUGGUUGUCUUCGCUGUCACAAGUAAAUAUUUCUCUCAUAUUUUCACGCUUUUUUCUCUUUCUGGCACACUGACACAAGGGACCGUAGGAAAAUGGCCCGUGCUCUCAGUAAAAUGUAAACCCUAACAGUGUGUGUUUGGCCAGAAUGACGGACGUCUGUUAGAAGUGACUGGUGAUCGUUGCGUGAGCGCGUAAGCCUCACACAAGCUAUGUGGACAAGCAUGUGAGCGUGAGCGUGUGCGAGUGCAAGUUUGGCUUUGCCUGUUUUCAGAUGUUGUCUCGGAACUCGUACUUGAGUGGUUUCUUUUACUUUUUUUUUUUGUUGUGGUGCGGACGCGCGUUUUUGUGUUUGUUACGGUAAACGUGUGUGUGUGUGUGUGUGUGUGUGUGUGUGUGUAAGUUAGCGUGUGUGAGUUCGCACUUAAGAGCGUGUAUAUGUGGGACGAUGUUGCAGUGGUCUGCCUUGAGCCUGUCUUUUUUUUGUUUGUGAAAAGAUCUGUUACUUUUAUUCUGUUGCUUUGCCUCCGUUUUAGGAGUGAUCGAGUUAUUUUUAAGUAUUCUACACAAACUCAUACUUAUUCAAUAACGCUAGAGGCUACACAUUUGUCAUACAAACAGUGAAUGACAAAAACACACAAAUGGUUAUAGGACCAUGGACUAAAGAAAUGUGAGUGUAGCCAAACUGUUUGUUCAUUGGUACCACCACUACAAUAUGCAGUAAUUGUUCUUUUUGGAAUUAUUUUGUUUAUUUGUUUUUGUUUAUUUUUCUGUGUGUGUUUGUCAUUACAGGGCUCAUGUGAACUUCUCAGGUUUAACGUGUAGUUUAUCAGCUUUGUGUGUUAAGCUGUGGCUGUUUGAACCGCAGGAUACGAUUCUUGCCAAAUCAUUAGGUGCUCAGCAUGUUACUAUGACAACUAGACACCUACCAUCAAACACCAGCCAAUAAGUGGGAGUGGGUCGAAGCACGACUGACUUCGGAGAAGCAGCCAGACAUGGGUGUUGUCAGUACAUUUUCAACAAUGUUUUGUUGUUGAAAAGUUGCUGAAAGUUAAAAUUACUGAACUUGAGAAACUCCUGCAAUAGAAGCUAAAUGGAGGUAAAAAAAAAUUGCCAAGGACCUUACCAACGCAGUCUUGGUUGGGCUUUUGAGUAGAGGGAGGGUCAGAGGUCAUCUCUGAAAACUUGCUGAAUUGUACAGUCACUCGCAACAUAUCCCUCGAUGGCCUUUAGUCAACCUGCACUUCCCCUGCUGCGCUGUAGGCAAUAGUGUUAACCAUUAGCGAUGCUACUGCAAGCUUCAGGGACGCAACAGACCUGGUCUGCCCACUACCCAUAACCCUACGCCAGUCCAGCUCCGCAGUUUAACUAGAAGAUGACCGCAGCAGCACUCUAGAUUACCAGCUGUAAUGUUUAGCCUUAUAAGACGUUGUUUAGUCUUAAUUUGUUGUUUACACUGUACUUGUACUGACUGCAUGCAUAAUGACUUUUAUGCCCAUGUUUGGCCUUAUGGAUUUAUUUAUAUAUUUAUAGAUUGACCAGGCAUUUUGUUUUGCAGUGUUUUUUUUUUUUUUUGUAGUAGUAUUUUUGAGGGUGUUGGUAAAUGCAGAGGAGGCCUAGUAUGUUUAGAUUGAAACUGCAGAAGGCCGGUCUGUAUAUAAUGCACAGUGUUUUGGUCCCAAUCAGUGUCACAGCUCUGACUUUGUGGUAUGAUGUUUUUUUCAUACAGCGAGAGACUUUAUUCUUUUGUCCGUCCAAACAAAGCUUGUUUCCAUUUUUUUUGUACAUUGAGGUUUUUAUUACCAAUUCUUUUUUUCGACACUUGCUUGUAAAUACAAUUUUUUGUUGUUAUUGUUCUCAGAUUUGUCUUUUUUGCAUGAUACAGCAGUGUUUUGAUUGAGGAGAAAGAACAUCCGCGGUUGGACUCCUGAGAGUCCUCAACUUGAAAGUGCAGAGAUUGUUUUCAUCUUUCAAUAUGGACCUUUUUACUAAAAUAAAAGUCUAUUUUCACAUAAAA